ACCACAACUACAACUACAACGCCUACCACCACCACCACCACCACUACAACACUUCCCACUACUACAACCACGACAACUACAACUAAAACACCUACCACCACAACUACAACUCCAACAUCUACAGCAACAACCACAGCCACCACAACUAAAACACCUACCACCACAACCACCACCACUACAACUACAACACCUACCACCACCACUACAACACCUACCACCACAACCACCACCACUACAACUACAACACCUACCACCAUAACUACAACUACAACGCCUACCACCACAACCACCACCACUACAACACUUCCCACUACUACAACCACGACAACUACAACUAAAACACCUACCACCACAACUACAACUCCAACAUCUACCGCAACAACCACAGCCACCACAACUACAACACCUACCACCACCACUACAACAACACCUACCACCACAACCACCACCACUACAACUACAACGCCUACCACCACAACUACAACUACAACGCCUACCACCACAACCACCACCACUACAACACUUCCCACUACUACAACCACGACAACUACAACUAAAACACCUACCACCACAACUACAACUCCAACAUCUACCGCAACAACCACAGCCACCACAACUAAAACACCGACCACCACAACCACCACCACUACAACUACAACGCCUACCACCACAACCACCACCACUACAACUACAACUACAACACCUACCACCACCACUACAACAACACCUACCACCACAACCACCACCACUACAACUACAACGCCUACCACCGCAACUACAACUACAACGCCUACCACCACAACCACCACCACUACAACACUUCCCACUACUACAACCACGACAACUACAACUAAAACACCUACCACCACAACUACAACUCCAACAUCUACCGCAACAACCACAAUCACCACCACUACAUCUACAACACCUACCACCACAACUACAACUACAACGCCUACCACCACAACCACCACCACUACAACUACAACACCUACCACCACCACUACAACAACACCUACCACCACAACCACCACCACUACAACUACAACGCCUACCACCACAACUACAACUACAACGCCUACCGCCACAACCACCACCACUACAACACUUCCCACUACUACAACCACGACAACUACCACCACAACUACAACUACAACGCCUACCACCACAACCACCUCCACUACAACUACAACGCCUACCACCACAACUACAACUACAACGCCUACCACCACAACCACCACCACUACAACACUUCCCACUACUACAACCACGACAACUACAACUAAAACACCUACCACCACAACUACAACUCCAACAUCUACCGCAACAACCACAAUCACCACCACUUCAACUACAACACCUACCACCACAACUACAACUACAACGCCUACCACCACAACCACCACCACUACAACUACAACACCUACCACCACCACUACAACAACACCUACCACCACAACCACCACCACUACAACUACAACGCCUACCACCACAACCACCACCAUUACAACACUUCCCACUACUACAACCACGACAACUACAACUAAAACACCUACCACCACAACUACAACUCCAACAUCUACCGCAACAACCACAAUCACCACCACUACAACUACAACACCUACCACCACAACUACAACGCCUACCACCACAACCACCACCACUACAACUACAACACCUACCACCACCACUACAACAACACCUACCACCACAACCACCACCACUACAACUACAACGCCUACCACCACAACUACAACUACAACGCCUACCGCAACAACCACCACCACUACAACACUUCCCACUACUACAACCACGACAAUUACAACUAAAACACCUACCACCACAACUAAAACUCCAACCUCUACCGCAACAACCACAAUCACUACCACUACAACUACAACACCUACCACCACAACUACAACUACAACGCCUACCACCACAACCACCACCACUACAACUACAACACCUACCACCACCACUACAACAACACCUACCACCACAACCACCACCACUACAACUACAACGCCUACCACCACAACCACCACCACUACAACACUUCCCACUACUACAAACACGACAACUACAACUAAAACACCUACCAACACAACCACAACUCCAACAUCUACCGCAACAACCACAGCCACCACAACUAAAACACCUACCACCACAACCACCACCACUACAACUACAACGCCUACCACCACAACCACCACCACUACAACUACAACACCUACCACCACCUUUACAACAACACCUACCACCACAACCGCCACCACUACAACUACAACGCCUACCACCACAACUACAACUACAACGCCUACCACCACAACCACCACCACUACAACUACAACACCUGCCACCACCACUUCAACAACACCUACCACCACAACCGCCACCACUACAACUACAACGCCUACCACAACAACUACAACUACAACGCCUACCUCCAAAACCACCACCACUACAACACUUCCCACUACUACAACCACGACAACUACAACUAAAACAUCUACCACCACAACUACAACUCCAACAUCUACCGCAACAACCACAGCCACCACAACUAAAGCACCUACCACCACAACCACCACCACUACAACUACAACGCCUACCACCACAACCACCACCACUACAACUACAACACCUACCACCACCACUACAACAACACCUACCACCACAACCACCACCACUACAACUACAACGCCUACCACCACAACUACAACUACAACGCCUACCACCACAAACACCACCACUACAACACUUCCCACUACUACAACCACGACAACUACAACUAAAACACCUACCACCACAACUACAACUCCAACAUCUACCGCAACAACCACAAUCACCACCACUACAACUACAACACCUACCACCACAACUACAACGCCUACCACCACAACCACCACCACUACAACUACAACACCUACCACCACCACUACAACAACACCUACCACCACAACCACCACCACUACAACUACAACGCCUACCACCACAACUACAACUACAACGCCUACCGCAACAACCACCACCACUACAACACAUCCCACUACUACAACCACGACAACUACAACUAAAACACCUACCACCACAACUAAAACUCCAACCUCUACCGCAACAACCACAAUCACUACCACUACAACUACAACACCUACCACCACAACUACAACAACAACUACAACUACAACGCCUACCACCACAAACACCACCACUACAACACUUCCCACUACUACAACCACGACAACUACAACUAAAACACCUACCACCACAACUACAACUCCAACAUCUACCGCAACAACCACAGCCACCACAACUAAAACACCUACCACCACAACCACCACCACUACAACUACAACGCCUACCACCACAACCACCACCACUACAACUACAACACCUACCACCACC